UAGGAAGAAUCAAUGUUCCCUCAGAGGAACCCUCAGUCACCAGCAGCCUGCACCUGCACGCUCCUGGGGGCUGGAACUCCCACAAAUCUCUGGGCUGAGCUCCGUUAGGGGCGGACCCAAGUUGCAUGCUGGGAACAAUCUGAAACCGCAGAACGCUGGGCUUCGGAAGCGUUUCCACUUUGGGACUGCAUUUCCCAGUGGCCACCACGGGGAGUCAGCGACCACUUCCGGCCAUCCCAGGGUCGUCGUCGUCGUGGUGGGGCGAGGCCGUCAGGUCGAGGAAGGGGUCGGGGGCUGCUAGAGAGAGGCCUCUGCUGAGCAGGACCCCAGCCGGAGGGAUCCGCCAGUGAGGGGAAGCAUGAGGAAGAUGGACCAGUUUUGUCAUUCUAAAAACAUGGCCUAUGGAUCUCUGUCAUUUGGGGAUAUGGCCAUCAGCUUCUCCCAAGAGGAGUGGGAGUGUCUGAACCCUGCUCAGAAGGCCUUGUACAGGCACGUGAUGUUGGAGACCUACAGCAACCUGGUCUCCCUGGAAAGUUCCAUUUCUAAGCCAGAUAUGAUUACCUUACUGGAGCAGGAGAAAGAACCUUGGAUGGUUUUGAGGAGAGAAACAACUGGAUGGUACCCAGAUUUGGAGUCAAAUUAUGGAGCUGAGAAGUUACCUUCAGAAAAUUAUAUUUAUGAAAUAAAUUUGCCUAAACUGGGUAUAAAACAAAUAAGUAAAACUCUUGGCCUCAAGGCCUCCAAUUUUAGAAAUGACUCAGAUAGCAAAAAUAGAUUUAGGGAACAACAGGGACAUCAAGAUGGGUAUAUCAGUCAACAUAUAAUAAGCUAAAAAAAAAUGCAUACUUCUACUCAUAGUACUUCUCCUAUUCACACUACAGAUAAGCCAUAUGAAUGUAAGGAGUGUGGAAAGUACUUUAGUCGUGGUUCAAAUCUUGUUCAGCAUCAGAGUAUCCAUACUGGAGAGAAACCCUAUGAAUGUAAGGAAUGUGGGAAGGCCUUUCAUCGUGUGUCAAACCUUGUUCAACAUCAGAGUAUUCAUGCUGGCGUGAAACCGCAUGAAUGUAAAGAGUGUGGGAAAGGCUUUAAUCGUGGUUCAAAUCUUGUUCAGCAUCAGAAAAUUCAUUCUAGUGAGAAACCCUUUGAAUGUAAGGAAUGUGGCAAGGCCUUUAGUCUUCUGACACAGCUUACUCGACAUCAGAACAUUCAUACUGGUGAGAAACCAUUUAUGGAAUGUGGCAAGGUCUUUCAUCGUGGCUCAAAUCUUGUUCAACAUCAGAGUAUUCAUACCGGGGAGAAACCCUAUGGAUGUAAAGAAUGUGGAAAGGCUUUUCGACUUCACCUACAACUUUCUUGACAUCAGAAAACACAUACUGGUGAGAAACCCUUUGAAUGUAAGGAAUGUGGGACAAGCUUCAGACAUCAAUACCAACAGCAUCAGCAAAUUCAUACAGGUGUGAAACCCUAUGAAUGUAAGGAAUGUGGAAAGAGCUUUAGUCGUGGUACAGACCUUAGAGUACAUCAGAGAGUUCACACUGGUGAGAACCCCUAUGAAUGUAAGGAAUGUGGGAAAUGUUUUACUUGUGGUAGUGAACUUAGAGUACAUCAGAGGAUCCAUACUGGUCAGAAACCAUAUGAAUGUAAGGAGUGUGGGAAGGCAUUUAGUCGUAGCUCAAACCUUAUUCAACAUGUUAAAAUUCAUACUGGCGAGAAGCCCUAUGAAUGUAAGGAAUGUGGAAAGGCCUUUAGACUUAGGUCGGUUUUUAUUACCCAUCAAAGAAUUCAUACAGGUCUGAAGCCCUAUGAAUGCAAAGAAUGUGGAAAAGCCUUUACUGUGAAUGGUCAGCUUACUCGACAUGAGAAAAUUCAUAAUCGUCAGAUGUCCCAUGAAUAUAAGGAAUGUGGGAAAACCUUCACUGGAUAUGAACAACUUAUUCAACAUCAGAGAGUUCAUAGUGGCAAGAAGUCCUAUGAAUAUAAAAUGUGGGACGACCUUUCAUCAUGGACUGAGAUUCACUCAACAGCACAGUAUUCCUACUGGUGA